GGCUUAUCAGCCCGACGCAGAGCUGGAAUUUGUCUCUUCCUGUGCUGCAUCUCUGCUUUCUGAGAGGGGCGUUUAAAUACAGGCUGGAGACGCUGCCUUGCCAGUGUGCUCUGCUGGGCUCUGACAGCAGCAGCAGGGCUGCUCCAGCGUCUUGGGGGUUUCUUUUAUUCCUCUUUUUUUUUCCUAUUAUUUUUAUUUUUUGCACUAAAUCCUUUGGGGAGAAGAAACUUCUCUGGGAGAAGGCUCUGAGACUGCAUGUCCCACCAGGAGGCGAAGGGAGACGCGGUUUGCUUCGUACCUGGCUCUCCUCUCUUCUCCGUGCUGAUGGAGCCGGCGUCCUUCUGCUACCCCCAGCUCACCUUCCUCCGCUCGCCCUAUGGCCAGUUCGGGGCCAGCGCUGGCUCUUCCCAGGAUUUGGCCCCGUGGCCGCAGCGUUUGGUGCCGCAGAGGUGGAGCAGGCCGGUGGAUGAGUCUCCACCAGCAGCGAUGUCAAGAAAUGGAUACUUCUUUGAAGAGAGUGGGUACCUCAAGUGUGACACGGACGAUGCGAAGGAGGAAGGGGCGAACGAGGAGCUCUUCGAUGGCGUCAACUCCACCAUCGUGUCCGGCGACAGCAUCCGCUUCUUCGUCAACGUCAACCUCGAGGGCCCUCCCAGCGCCGCCGCUGAAAGUGAAGGUGCUGGCUGCGUGUUACUGCACACAUCAAGGAAGUACCUGAAAUUAAAGAAUUUUGAGGAGGAGGUCAGAGCCCAACGAGACCUGGAUGGCUUCUUGGCCAGAGCCAGCAUCAUCCUGGAUGAAACAGCCACAUCCUUGGACGAUGUUCUCCGGGAGAUGCUGAAACACUUCGCCGAGGAUCCUGAGAACAUGGAGCCGAGCUGCAACUUCGAAAAAAUCAUGAACACUUUAUUCACAGAUUCAGGGACCCCACGGGAAGGGAACGUUCACCUCUUAUCAGACACAAUUCAAGGGGUCACAGCCACAGUCACAGGAGUGCAGUAUCAGCAGUCCUGGCUCUGUAUCAUUUGCACUAUAAAGUCCCUUCAGCGACGUCACGUUUGCAUCAGCCGCCUGGAGAGGCCUCAGAACUGGGGGGAGAACUCCUGUGAAGUCAGAUUUGUCAUCCUGGUCCUGGCUCCUCCCAAGAUGAAAAGCACCAAAACGGCCACAGAAGUGGGCAGGACCUUUGCCACGAUGUUUUCUGACAUAACCUUCCGACAGAAGCUUCUGGAAACCAAAACUGAGGAGGAGUUCAAGGAGGCCUUGGUGCACCAACGCCACUUGCUGACAGUGGCAAAUCAGAGACCCUCAGGGAUGAAGGAUGGGCUCAAGUCACACGGUAACAAACCACUCAAGCUGCACGACUUUCUCAAUAUUGGCAAGGGGAUUUCUGAUGACAUUGCACGAAGAUUCCCAGUGUACGCGCUGGACUUCACCGACGGUAUUAUUGGGAACAACAAAGCUAUUGGAAAAUACAUCACCACCAUGAUCUUUCUGUACUUUGCCUGCCUCCUUCCAUCCAUUGCCUUUGGGUCCCUCAAUGAUGAAAAUACCCGAGGAGCUAUUGAUGUGCGGAAGACGAUUUUCGGGCAGUGCAUUGGAGGGCUGCUCUACGCCCUCUUCUCGGGGCAGCCCCUGGUUGUGCUGCUCACCACAGCUCCCCUGGCCAUCUACAUCAAUGUCAUCCAAGGAAUCUGUGACGAUUAUCACUUGGAUUUCAGCGCCUUCUAUGCCUGGAUUGGACUCUGGAACAGCUUUUUCCUUGUGAUCUACUCCCUCUUUAAUUUCAGCCUCCUGAUGAAGCUCUUUAAAAGGUCAACAGAAGAAAUAAUUGCACUUUUUAUAUCCAUCACAUUCGUGCUUGAUGCCAUCAAAGGCAUUGUUAAAGUUUUUAAGAAAUAUUACCACCAAGGGCACACAGAAGGCGUCAAAUCACGGGCUGAUGCUAUCCCAGGCCUGGGCAUCAACACCACCUUCUUGAUGAACUCCUCAGUGAGUGAGAACCAGACUUGCACCCACGAUGGGCACUACGGGCGUGAGACCGCCGUGCUCAGCCUCAUGUUGAUGUUGGGAACCCUUUGGCUCGGCCACACGCUCUACCAGUUCAAGAAAAGCCCAUAUUUGCACGCGAGGGUACGUGAAAUUCUGUCCGACUGUGCCUUACCCAUUUCAGUCCUGACCUUCUCUGUUGUGGGUUCCUAUAUCUUCAAGGAAAUUGAAAUGUCCAAAUUCAACUACAACGCCUCUGACAGCUUGUUUGUGCUGGCCCCUGUGCAGUCCCUGUCCAUUGGGUCGGUGAUGAGUGCCAUGGGACUGGGAUUUCUCCUCUCCAUGCUCUUCUUCAUCGAGCAGAACAUCGUCGCGUCCCUCACCAACGCCCCGGAGAACAGGCUGGUGAAGGGCACAGCCUAUCACUGGGACCUGCUGCUCGUGGCGCUGAUCAACACGGGGCUGUCGGUGUUCGGGCUGCCCUGGAUCCACGCCGCCUUCCCGCACUCCCCCAUGCACGUCCGGGCCCUGGCCUACGUGGAGGAGAGGGUGGAGAGUGGACACAUCUACGAGACGAUUGUGAGCGUGAAGGAGACGCGGCUGACGAGCCUGGUGGCGAAUUUCAUGGUGGGGCUUUCCCUGCUGCUGCUGCCCUUCCCCCUGCAGUGGAUCCCAAAGCCGGUGCUCUUCGGCCUCUUCCUCUACAUCGCCCUCACCUCCAUCGAUGGCAACCAGCUCUUUGAAAGGGUGGCCCUGCUGCUCAAGGAACAGACUGCUUAUCCUCCGACCCAUUACAUCCGCAGAGUUCCCCAGAGGAAGAUCCACUAUUUCACAGGCCUGCAGGUCCUGCAGCUCCUCAUCCUCUGUGGCUUUGGAAUGUCACCCCCUUACAUGAAGAUGAUCUUCCCCCUCAUCAUGAUAGGGAUGAUCCCCAUCAGGUACAACCUGCUCCCGAGGAUCAUCGAGGCCAAGUACCUGGAUGCCAUGGAUGCAGAGUACUGAGGGCAGCAGGGACAGCUCCUUGGGGCCACAAAAGCCGUGGGACCAUCUCCUGCAGUUUCCUUUCACCACUUUCUUCGUGCUCUGACGUUGGCAAUGCACUCCUGGCACAGCUGUGCCAGACCAAGGGAGCCUUGGGCUGGAGAGGACGAUGCUCUCUGGAGCUGUGAGGCGAACAAGCUUUAUGGAAAACGCUCCUUUCCACACCCCCAAGCACACCAACCCCAAAGAUCAGCCUGGCUGCACGGCUGGAGCAUCCAGAGUUGUCCUGUGUUCCCUUGUUUGAGGCUGGGGGGGUUUUGUAAUGCACCACUUCCUUCUCUUCCCCAACACUAAGAACAGCAACUGACCCUUGUUUUAUAGAAUGGCAGCCCUGUCCUGGCCUUUGAUCCAAUUCCCUGUGCACUCAGUAUUCCCAAAUUGGUGUUCUGGGUGGGAUGGCCUCGCUGAACCACUGGUGGCAGGAGAGAUGGUGGCUGUUGUCUCACAUGAAUGGGUUUGGGAGCAGUUGCAAUGUGUACUGCUACAACCCACAGCUUUGGAUGAAUUUUUAAUUCCUGCAAAUGAGCUGGGAACGUUCAGAGGCUGGGCUCACACGGCCCUGUGGAUGAAACCCCUUCUGGGUUUGAGCUGUUUGGGCAUUAGUUUGGAUCUUUCUCCCAUUUCUCCUGGGUAAUCAAACACAGAAUUGUAGGUUUUGCACAACUGCAGCAUUUUUUGCUUGCACCCAGAGGGCAGUUGUGUCGAGGUUGCAUAUACAUAUGUACAGUAGUGCCUAUGUGUACAUAUAUACAUAUGGAGUUGUGUAUAUAUUUUGCAUAGAUAUACAAAUAGGCCUGGUUCUUUCCAAAUUCACAAGUGUUUUGUGCAGUCAGUGUUACCCACCAUGUCCUGACCAUAUACCUGUUCUCUGCUUCAGUGCUGCUUUUUCUCAUUUGAGAUAUGGUCACUUUUAUUCCUUUGGAAGCUGCUCAGUUACUGAUUUUGUUCAUGUGUUGCUUUAUUCAAGGUGUUUUCUUUGCUUUCUCCUUCCUGUGGCUUGAGACCUUCAUCAUUCUGUCUCGAGGCUCCAACAUGUGAAUUUUUCAUUUAAUUUUGAUGUACAGAAUGCAAUGAAAGUUUUCCUCUUCUCUCCUAAUCAAUAUUUGUUGGUCACUUCAUUGUUUCUGUUGUGUAGCUGAUUUCCAGUUCCCUCCACCCACUCCCAGACCUUAUAUUAUAUUUCUGGAUGAAUCUUAACUUCUGCUGUCAUUUAUAUUUCAGUUUAUUUAAUUUUGCUUGUACUAUGGUCAGUUUUCUUACUUGGAGUACUGUGAAACAAGCUGCCCUUUAGUUCAGUGCUUGGCACAUCACAGGUCACAGCUAAAAAACGUGCAGAAAAUCGUGGACCUCGGUGAUGAACUUUCAAAAGAGUAGAAAGGGAAGAAGAGGAAUGUAAAAGAUGAAUUUAUCAGCACAGAGAAGUGUUUCUCACCAGUAAAUGGUGCAGAGUUUUUUCCUCCACCCCAGCGUGGUGAGGGAGACCAACCCAGCCACGAGGGAGGAAGGCUUUGGGUGCAAAGCUCCUGUGCUGGCACUAAGCCAGGCUCAGAUUUGGUGUAUUUGCACUAAGGAUCAGAAGAAUUUAAUCUUUGUGGAGCUGCCCACGGCUCUCAAACACGUGUGCACAACUAAUUUUUUUCAUUUUCUUACGAAACCCUUUGUAUUGAGACUGGAGGGAGGAGAGCAGCCAGAGUUCCCAUAUCCAUGGUUUUACAUCCCUGAGGGAAUUGUAGGGGAAACCCUCUCAUCUUAGCAACCAAACCAAUGUCACAGACAGCAGAACCACGACCUUCACUGGCACCCAGCUGCUCUGAGAAGGGUCAGGGUCAGGGUGCCCACCCCAGAGCAUCAAGGCAGGGAAUUUGGCUUCCAGCAGCCUUGGGGGCACCUUGGGGUGGCUCCUGCCACGUCUGACAAGAGCAGCUACAAACCUGAGUGUGUUUCUGAGCACUUCCCCCAAGAUUUCCUGGUUUUUGAGUCGUUUCUGUGCCAGGAUCGCUCAGAGGGUGUAGGAGCAGGGAUUUCAGAGGGGGCAGAGCUCUGUCUGAUCUUCAGUCAACAGCAAAAGGGCAGGUGACAGGCAGCAGUUCAGGACCUGCUGGAAGCCAGGGAGUGCAGAGGGCUGCUGAGGCUGAAAUAAAAUGUUUUUCCCACAGAUGUCAAAAGAUUUCAGCAAAGCUGCAAUCAGAGGUGUCACCCUGGCUGAGUAAAGCUGUAACACACACGUGUCCUGGGGGUGAGUUCCUGGUGUCUCCACAGGCAAACAUCACCUUGUGGGGUGCUUUAAGGGAAGGACAGGAUGUGCCCAGGGGAGCGUGGCUUUGGUCCCCUUUUGAGGCUCUGGGUGGCACAGAGUCACAGUGGGGUGGACUGGCCUGCAGGUCUUGCCAGACAAAAAACUUUUGAGAUGGAGCCUCCAUCCCCCACUCAGAAAGGCAGAAAAUGUCCCCAUUUCAAGCUUUUUUGAAAGAUCAAUUUUCACAUAGUGUCCAAAUGUUGCAGAGAGAAUUUAAAAUCCAGGCAGCAGGGAGGGUUAAAUAUCCACCACAACUCUUGAUUGUAUCUUUUAUUUUCUUUCACCGGUGUGACUUCAGCGUUUGUAUUUUCUUUGUAGCAUCAGUAGGAUUCUGUUCUGCAGGGUUUUUGUUUCACAGGGGCCAGAGAAUAAACUGAUGGGGAAAUCAGCACAGCUUGAUGGGGGGAAAAAAAUGCUGUGCUGCCUUGGACUGGUUGAACAUUUGGACUGUGUCUCAAUAUUUGGGUAGGAGGGAGAUGUGAGACUUGAGGCCUCUUGUCUCCAAAGGGGUUUUCAUGAUCCUGCAGAGGAUUUAUUUUAUUUUUCCAUGCCUUUUCUCUUCUUGUUUGCUUCUGGUUUUGCUGACUUAACUGCAGGCGUUUCCAGGAAGUAGCUGACUAGGGAAGGAGGGUUUGUUUGGAGUUGAUUGAGCACUUUAAUACUUCUGUGAAGGUUUAAGACAAUUAGAAUGUAAAAGAAGUUUUAUUAUAAGCUCUUUAUAUACGCACAAUGCUCUGUAUAACUGUUGCCAAAGAACUGAGUCUGAAAGGUGUCAAGAGCUGUUGGGAGUUCACCUGGCAUUGCAAGGUAGGGAGAAGCUUCUGAAACGAGUGGAUUUUGGAAGUUCCUGUUUGACAGCUGCCACAAGGAUCAGAAACUGGGGAUAGAAUCAAAUUCUACUCUCACACUUGUGGUUUUGGAUCCUUGCGUUGAAUGUAGGAGCUGGAAGUGAGCUUGACCAUUAAAAUUGGAUUUGUACCUGA